AUCUCACUCUCCUCUUGCUCAACCCCUGAAAACCACAAGCAAUCCGACACAACCAUCUCUCAUUCUCACUCUCAGCAAGCAACACACCCAGUCGAAGGUAGCUGCUCGUCCCAGUCGGAGGUCCGUGUCAGAGACACUCUUCUCUUCUUCCUCCUGCUUUUCUAAUCUGUUGCAGAGGAUAAUGGUUCGUUUAACUGUCAGUGAGAGACAAAUUUUGAGAAAGAAGAAGAUCAUGGCUCUUUAUUUGCAUUGGAUGAAUGUGUUGCAUGUAGUGCAGUGGUUUUUCAAAUUAUGGGAAAAAAUUAUUGUACAUGGUAUUGAAUCAAGCUCUUUGGGAAGACAAUUAUACAUACUUGAUGUUUUUGUUAAUAGGCAAAUUGUGCAUCAAAUAGCUUAUGAGAGUGAUGUCAUUUGUUUUGAUCAACUUAGGAUGAAUAGGAAAGCAUUUAGCAAUUUAUGCAUAAUGCUUGAAACUAGGGGUGGGUUAAAAGCAUCUAAAUACUUGCAAGUAGAUGAGCAAGUGGCCAUGUUUUUACAUGUAAUUGCUCAUCAUGUGAAAAAUAGAGUAAUUAGAUUUCGAUUUAUGAGAUCUGGUGAGACUAUUCGCAAGUUUUUUCACAAUGUGUUACAUUCAAUCAUUCGACUACAUGGAGCGUUAUUGAAAAGACCUGAACCGGUUGUUGAAAACUCAACAGAUGAAAGGUGGAAAUGGUUCAUGGGGCACUAG